AUGUCGGGACGGGCCGAGACGCGAACCCCUGAACCGCCCGACCGCGACGAACACGAAAAGUCACCGCCACGACUGUUGAGACCGAGACGCGCCACCAGACCGCCUAACAACUAUGGCCAAGAGCAAGAGAUCGACAUCCAGCAGAGAAAUGCGCGCUCCCAGCGGAAGAAUGAGGCCCAGGGCAAGCCUGUAGCCCAACGUGAAGCGGUAACUUCGGACGUUGCCUCAACCGAGAGCGACGACCUGAACGCCGCCGACCUAGUGAAAGAGCUCGGGAAACUCAGGAGAGACAUCAAACGGCGAGAUGGUUUGCAUAGAGAAGAGAUGCAGAAAGUACAAGAAGAACUGCAGAAAGUCAAGGAAGAAUUCAGCGCCGCCCUUGCAGAAGUUCGACACGAGCUACGGACCCUGACAGAUAGACCCCCUACACCGCAACCCCUUUCCGAACCAUGCUCCCAGAACGGCCACGAUGAGAUCCUUCGCGAAAUUCAAUCCUUGCGCGUUGCAGUCAGUCCUGCAGACCCCACCACGGGAUCUCCUUCCUAUACAGAUGUUGCCCGCACUCCCCUAACCAGUUACCCGAGCAAUAUACGGACUCUCUCAUCGUCGAACACGACACCGACCACCUUCACCGACAUGUUGUAUUGCACGAUAGACACCUCGAAGAUAGUAAACAAUGAAAAUGAAAAGAUGUCCGCAGGUCUGAUCCGGGCGGCGGUUGAAACAGAGAUCCAGAUGAUGGAAAAGCACACGCACUGGCGCUGUCGCGCCGUCACGGUAGAUCCGAAAAACACCCACCGGAUCAGAAUAGCAUGUCGCGAUAAAGCUAAACACCAGCUAGUCAAGAAAGUGGCGGAAGCAAAGAUCGGCGAAGGAGCCCGAGUGCUUCGUGACGAGCUUUACCCGAUUAAAGUCGACAGCGUCAACAGAGCCGCAGUUCUGGACAAAAAAGAUGAGAUCUGA